UAAAGCGGCUAAUGUUUUGACACGAGAACACAUGCUCCAGUGCGAUAAGUCUCUCAAUAAGAUCCCCAAAAGUGUCCAUGUCAGCGGGAUCUUCUGAACUUUGUCCCAGACUCGGACUCUGACCCAAACUGGGGACGCGGGCGGAGUCUUGGGUUCAGAGCAAAACGAGUAGAUAGCACUUGUAUUUUCUCCUUUUAUAAUUAUUUCAGUGCCCAUGAUGAGGAGACUUCUGUUGGUGUCUAACUCCACUCUGCACGGCAGCGGUUACCUGGACCACUGUCAACAGCAAAUCACAGACUUCUUUGGAAAGGACGUGAAGAAGGUGCUGUUUGUCCCUUACGCUCUCCACGACAGAGACGGCUACACCAAAACCGCUCGAGACAAGUUUCGGAGUCUGGGUUAUGAAGUGGACGGGAUUCAUGAGGCAGCUGACCCAGUUGAGGCUGUCCGGAAAGCAGAAGCGAUAUUCAUAGGAGGUGGUAACACAUUUCGUCUGUUGAAGACCCUCUAUGACAACAAGGUGGUUUCAGAGAUCAGGAAGCGAGUUCUUGAGGAUGGCGUUCCAUACAUGGGCUCCAGUGCUGGAACCAACGUUGCAACGAUCAGCAUUAGCACCACAAACGACAUGCCCAUCGUUUACCCACCGUCCUUUGCGGCGAUCGGCCUCGUUCCCUUCAACAUCAACCCGCACUACCUCGAUCCAGACCCCAACAGCCGACACAUGGGGGAGACCAGGGAGCAGCGGAUCACCCAGUACCACGAGGAGGUGGAAACCUGUGUUCUGGGACUGAGAGAAGGCUGCAUGCUGCUGGUGGAGGGAAACAAAGCCACACUGCUGGGCUCCACAGACGCCCGCCUCUUCAACAGAGGGAAGCCGUGUGUGGAGUUUAAACCCGGCAGUGACCUGAGCUUCCUGCUGACAGACGCACAAUGACCAAUCACAGGACAGAAUCCAUCUCACCUCAGAGAAAGCUUGAAUUAAUAAAUGUGAUGUUUUAAAAUGCUGCCAAUUACUAUUGU